AUGACCGCCGUGGUCACAGUGUCUGCCCCGACGUUCGAGCAUUACCCUACCGGUCUAGGCGUGGCUACCGCAAGGCCCAGAUUGUCAUGGCGUUUCUCCUGCACAAACGAAAACGUUAGCGAUUGGAAGCAGACUGCCUACGAGGUUCAGGUGGGAAGCGAACAAGAUGUUCUUUUGGGUAAUACCCUCACGACUCACCAUAGGCAAAGUAACCAAUCAUCCUUGGUGCCAUGGCCCCCUAACUACCCCGAUCUCAAAUCUCGCAGUCGAAGGCUUGUCCGCGUGAGAUGCACAGGCAUAUACCGUGUUGGUGGAGAAGUGAAGGAAGACACCUCUGCCUGGUCCGAAUGGAGCUACGUGGAGGCUGCUCUGCUGAAUCAAGAUGACUGGGAGACUCGGAUGAUCAGCACUGCAGAGCCACUGCCUCUGAACGAUGAUGCUUCUGUCAAGCCUGUGCGCUUUCGGACCAUAUUCGACAUACCUGAAACGGCUGUGAUUGAGCGAGCCAGGCUCUAUGCCACCAGCCAUGGCGUAUACCACGCAAUGCUCAAUGGGCAACCAGUAGGAGACCAUUGCAUGGCGCCCGGCUGGCAGAGCUACCACAAACGCCUCCACUACCAAAUCCACGACCCUGUGAACCAGCUGAAAGUCGGCCGGAACGUGCUCGACAUCGAUGUUGGACCCGGCUGGUUCGCCUCGGCCCUCACCUCCAACAACUACCGCUACUACUAUGGUUCCGAACUUGGCAUUCUCUGUCAACUCGAGAUCUCAAUUCGUGUGCCAGAUGAAUCCGGCCAGGCCGAAACCAUAACAAUUUGCACGAAUGACACUUGGACAUGCGCCCCUAGCCCCAUCGCAAGUAGCGAGAUCUUCAACGGCGAAGUAUACGAUCAACGCCUCGCAGAAACUCUCGCGUCCUCCGCAGCCAGUUUUGAACCUCUACCACACCGCACCCGCAUCUCGCCGACCCCCCUCCCAACGCUCAUCGCCCCCUCCGCACCGCCAGUGCGCGUGACACAAACCAUUGCCCCAAUCGCCCUCCUAACCUCGCCUUUCAGCAAUAACCCCAUCCUGGACUUCGGCCAAAAUCUCGUCGGCCGCCUCUGCGUCCCCUCCUUGACACUCCCCCACGGCACCCGCAUCACCUUCCACCACGCCGAAGUCCUCGAACACGGCGAGCUCUGCGUGCGACCCCUCCGCGAAGCCCAGCAGACCGACACGCUCAUCCUCUCCGGGAACCCCCUCACAGACUGGAGCCCCAAAUUCACCUUCCACGGCUUCCGCUACGUCGAGGUCCGCGGCUGGAGCACCGCCAGCGCCGACGACAGCUCCACGACAAGCUGGCCUCUGACGCUCGAUUCCAUCGUGGCGCAGGUGCUGCACACGGACCUGCCACGAACGGGGCAUUUCGCCUGCUCGCACCCGCCGGUGAACCAGCUGCACGAGAACGCCGUGUGGUCGAUGCGCGGCAAUUUCCUGAGCGUGCCGACCGACUGUCCCGCGCGGGACGACAGGGAAGGGUGGACGGGGGACCUCGCGGUGUUCAUGCCCGUGGCGGAGUUCCUGUACGGCACGGCGGGCAUGCUGCGCGAGUGGUUGAGGGAUCUGGAGGCGGACCAGAUGCAUGAUGGGCCGACGUGGCGGCGUGGCGUCGUGCCGCUCGUCGUGCCGAACUGCUUCCUCAAGAAGGAGGUCGGCGGGGCCGCGUGGGGUGCAGGGUGGGAUCCGCUGCCGAACGGCAUCUGGGGUGAUGCCGCCAUAAUCGUGCCGUGGGAGCUGUACCGCAGCACGGGCGACGUGCAGAUCCUGGAGACACAGUGGGACAGCAUGGUCGCCUUCCUCACGCGCGGCGUGGCCCGCGGCGACGAUGGGCUCUGGGAUCCCCAAGUCUGGCAGUUCGGCGACUGGCUGGACCCGACCGCGCCCGUUAACAACAGCGGACAGACUCGCACAGACGGCACCUUCGUCGCCGACUGCUUCCUCGUGCGCUCCACGCGCCUCGUGGCCCUCAUCGCGCGCACGCUGCCCCAUAAAUAUCAGGAUGCGUCGCGCUACCGCGCCGCAUCCGCCCGCCUCCUCGCCGCCUUCCACGCCAAGUACAUCUCCCCCGCCGGUCUCCUCGUGCCGGACACGCCCACCGCCCUGGCUUUGACGCUGCAUUUCCGCCUUCUCCCGCCUCACGCAAUCGAGCCCUGCGCGCGCCGUCUGCGCCACCACCUGCGCCACCUGGACUUCCGCGUCCCCACGGGCUUCGCGGGCACGGCGAGCCUGCUGCACGCGCUGAGCGGCAGUGGGCAACCGAGUCUGGCGUUUAGCAUGCUACUGAGCGCGAGGACGCCGAGCCUGCUGAGUGGGGUGAGGAAUGGGGCGACGACGGUGUGGGAGCGGUGGGAUGCGUUGAGUGUGGAUGCCGAGGGGGGCGCGAGGGUGAGUGAGGGGAGUAUGACGAGCUUUAAUCACUAUGCGUUGGGGGCGUGUGUGGGGUGGUUGCAGGGCGUGGUGGGUGGGUUGAGGGUUUGUGAUGGAGAGGAGGUGGAGGUGGGAGAGGAUGAGCAUGUAGGUGGUGGCCCCGAGGAGGGACGUCACGAUGGCAGUAAAGGGGAAGAAGACGGCGUGCUGACCUUCCACAUCGCCCCCCUGAUCCAUCAUGCCCUGGACUGGGCCGAGAGCUCGUACGACAGCCGCUGUGGCGUCGCGCGCUGCCGGUGGGAGUUUCUCACCGACGACGAGUCUCAUGCUGGCGCCGGCGCCGGCGCCGCCUCUCCACAGCGUCAAUCUCAGUCUGUGUUCCCAGCUACUGGCGAUGACAGCCAGCGCCCGGACCGUCACGUGCACAAAGGAGAAAUCCCCGUCCUUGUCACGCUCACCAUCCCACCCAAUGCCCGCGCGACGGUCCAGCUGCGACACGUCCGCAGCUCCUCCUCUGUCUCUGGCACUGUCUCUACCAGUCACAUCCCUCCUCAAUCCAGAUGUGACGCCGCCGCCGUCCCCAUAUCCGAGCCUGCAUGUGCCAGUGCGUCUUCGAGCUCGGCGGAAAGCUCGGCGGAAAGCUCGGCUGAGAGAGUCAUGCUGGUAGGGUCCGGGACGCACGUUUUCAUCGUGGGAUAUGACGCGCGGCGUGACUGCGAGGAUGCGUUUCCCGUGGCGGGGUUGCUGCCGCCGUGGGGGAGGGCCGCGUUCUGA